AUGGCACGGGGAAAGCGCUGGUUCAGGGGAGCAGAACUUAUGGGCAAAAGGCGAGCUGCGAAGUAUCAGAGGGCAGCUGAAGCCGAACGGACUGUUAAUUCCCAGCCACCAGCACAUCCCUACAACGAGAUCACAUGCGACAAUGCAGCAUUUGAGGAAUACUAUAAGGCGCAGGGUAUUUGUGCUACUGAAGAAUGGGACGACUUCAUGGCGAUCCAGCGACUCCGCUUGCCAGGGCAAUGGGAUACUGCGAGCAAGGUCGAUAUGAAGAAAGACGAGGAUUUUAGAGAGGUUCGCGAGCAGAUCAUUGAUGAAGAUUUCAGAGGAGCAUUAACCAGACAAGAGGCUGUUAGUAUGCUUCCCUGCCUCUUCUUAGAUAUUCAACCACACCACCUCGUGCUGGAUAUGUGCUCUUCUCCUGGAUCGAAAACAUCUGAAAUACUGGACAUGCUCCAGUGGGAGGCUCAGCUGCGCGAGGCCAGGGACAGUGGGCUGUCAAUUGGCAUUCGACCGGUGGAUGCCACCUUCUUCCCGACGCUCCCCGAGGAAACAAACAAUCCCUCAGAGAAGGUUGCUGACGUGCCAUGCAGUGGAGAUGGAACUUUGCGGAAAAACAUGGAUAUCUGGAGGAGCUGGAAUACUGGCGGUGGCCACAGUAUGCAUGCAAUUCAGUUGUCCAUUCUUUAUCGAGGUCUCCAGUUGCUACGCAUUGGUGGCAAAAUUGUUUAUUCAACCUGUUCAAUGAACCCUUUAGAAGACGAGGCUGUUAUUGCCACUGUCCUAUCACAGCAGCACGGUCGUCUUGAGAUUGUGGAUCCUCCAGCACUUCCAGAACUCAAGUGGACAAGGGGCAAAUCUUCGUGGCUGGUACCGUCUCCCCCAGCGAACCAGACUCAGUCAACUUCUAGGGGCUCAGCAGCGCCCAUUGAAUCAAGCGGCUGCAAGACGGCGUUCUACUGCACGUUCGAUGAGGUUCCGGAAGGAUUUCGUCACCGAAUACGACCCACGAUGUUUCCUCCGCCUGGUGCAGAUUCAAUGAUGCUUGAGAAGUGUGUACGUAUUUUGCCACAUCACAACAAUACUGGGGGAUUCUUCGUUUGCUGCCUGCGCAAGCUGGCAGAGCUUGAUUCGAGUAGUAUCUUCAUUAGCAACAAAAGUAAGGAAAAGGCGGCUACAGAGGUCAGGCAACAGGAUCGUACAUCUCUCCGAAAACAAGACUUCCGGAAGCGCUUCAAGUGUGCUGAUACAAAAGCAAUCCAUAGUGGGCAGGAUGCAUCUUGCAAUGCAAGGGAAAACAUAGACGAAUCCGCUACCUCUGUCGCCGCCAGUGCAGCGAUACUAGAGCGCAAUCCUUUGUUCGAUGAAGAGCUAUUGCCUGAAGGGUCUAGCGAACAAACACCUGCCACCCCAAUGCACAUCGAUAAUAUCUCGGGGCGUGUUUCAACAGUACAACAGAUGGCGGGUGAAGAAGACAGCCUAUACGAGCUUGCUUCAGCAGCAUCGAAGCCAGGGGGUCUUUUUCACCAUCUACUUCCAGCAACUUGCGGUGCAGAAGGCCUGGAGGAAGUGCGACUGAUUGUGGAUUUCUUCGGGCUUAGCAGCAGAAUACCGCUUCUCACCGACGACUUGCGGAACCCAGAAAGUGUUGCUUCCUUAGAUCCGAAUCUUCUUUUCCGUCGUGUGCAUUCACGUAAGAAAAUAUUUCUCCUUUCGAAGAAAUUAGCCGACCUAGUGAACAGCUGUUACCGGACGCCAGUUACGCGCUUUCACGCGAAGUUACCUUCCCCAAAUCUCGACCAACCGAAAGAACUCCGUGUUCAGCUCCAAGCCCUUCUGGAUAGUAAGAUCAAAUGGAUGCACGCCGGCGCGACUGUUCUUGUCAAGCACAGUGAAAGCAAUGCAGUCGAAGAACAAGGAUUGGGUGCACGGGGAUGGCGUGUUACCCAGGAGGGAGCCGCGCUGAUGGCUAGUUUCAUGAGGCGGCGCAUUAUUUUCGUGAGUUUGGUAGUGGCGCGAAUUUUGCUGCUACCGGAGGCAGGAGUUGUCAGGUCUUGCGAGCUUGAGGCCUUGGAAAAGCAACAGCAACUGCUCAAUCUCGCUUCCUGCCGAAAUCAGGACGGAUCACUUGAAGCUGGUGGAGCCAUCUGCGUCAUAUGCCCUCCAACCUUUAUUCCCCCUUCUGAUGUUGCUGAAGUGGAUUUAUAUCCGGCAGCGACAGCCUCACUGGGGAGUGAAGUCACCAGGCUGCAUCAUGACCUCGCAGCAAGAUACCCUGUCAAGAAUAAUCCAAGCUUUACCAGUAUAGCAGACAGCAUCUGUGUUGCAUGCAUGAUUACGAAAGGCGGAAACCUUCAUGCGUAUAUGAACAAGAAGGAGUCACGAGCGCUGGCAUGCCAUCUGUUCCAUCUGCCAAAGCAAUGA